GAGUGUUGAAGAAAAAUAAUGCUAAAAAUUAGAUGCUUAUUAAUUAAUGCUUUUUAGCAGGGACUUUAUACUGGACAAGGCUUGUUUUUGCCCGGGCCAGAAAGCAACGGAGCGCUGCUGGAUCUGCUGUAUCGCUGAAGAAACCUGGAAUCCAGGUUGUGUCCCCCUCCUGCACACACGUGUGCCUGUCCUGCACUCUGCAGGGAGCGCUGGUCGUGAUGACAGUAUGUGCUGAGCUGGGGCGAGGAGAGGUUUUUGUGCUGAGCUCUAUGCAGUCUGCACCACUGCACCAGAAUAGCUUUUUUCACCGCAUUUCUCCCCUCCAGAACCCUUCUGUUAUCUGUGGUUCUGCUCUGACGAUCAUGCCAACUGCUACAGAGGUAAUGUAGUAGCAGAAGACUUUCCUGUCCGUGUUGAAUUAGGUGUAGCUGUGUCAGUCACAGUUGCUUUUUUUUAGUUGACUCCUUACGUCUGUCCUCAAUGACAGUUAUUCUUCGGUGCAGUUUAAUCUGCCCUCUAUCAAGAACAGAGCUGGCACAUAAACAUUUUCUUAUUUUAAAUAAGACUUGUAGCAGCAUUAAGUCCUGGGAGGUUGUCUGUUUGGUCACCAGGAUACAGUGGCAAAAAGAAAUAAUUAUGUGGGAAGUGGCUGGUCAGCGCACAGCAACCCUAACAGAAUUGUCUUCCUACUGCAUUAGUCUGGAAUGUUAAUAACUAGAGUAAAUACAUGACUUCCUCAACGUGGGUUGUGUUUUAGGUAGGUGGGUAACUUGUUAGUUCUUCAAAGGUUUCAGUAGCAUCCAUGUUUGCUCACUUUGAAGUUCCCCCUAGCAGGAUACAAAUGUAAAACUGGAGUGAAAUAGAGGAGCAAGAAGAUCUUUAUCUUGAACAGAAUUGUCGUUUCUGUAGAAGCUUCUGCGACUUGUAUUUUGAAAGCUUUCGUGGUGACCUUGAGCAGAGUUUGCUGUUUAUUGGCAGGGAGUGCGGAGGUCGCUGAGUUGGAGUUGUGAAGCGGAUACUUGUGAAAGAUGGUGGAUCGCUUGGCAAACAGCGAGGCAAAUACUAGAAGAAUAAGUAUAGUGGAAAACUGCUUUGGAGCAGCUGGUCAACCUUUGACUAUUCCUGGCCGUGUUCUGAUCGGAGAGGGAGUACUGACAAAGCUGUGUAGGAAGAAGCCCAAAGCGAGGCAGUUCUUCUUGUUCAAUGACAUUCUUGUUUAUGGCAACAUUGUCAUCCAGAAGAAGAAAUACAAUAAGCAGCACAUAAUCCCAUUGGAAAAUGUCACUAUUGAUUCCAUCCAGGAUGAGGGAGACUUACGGAACGGGUGGCUUAUCAAGACGCCAACAAAGUCUUUUGCAGUGUACGCUGCCACCGCUACAGAGAAGUCUGAGUGGAUGAACCACAUCAAUAAGUGUGUUUCUGAUUUGCUUUCCAAAAGCGGGAAGACUCCGAGCAACGAACAUGCAGCUGUCUGGGUUCCAGACUCGGAGGCCACUGUGUGCAUGCGCUGUCAGAAAGCAAAAUUCACGCCCGUCAACCGCCGUCACCACUGUCGCAAGUGCGGCUUUGUCGUGUGCGGGCCCUGCUCCGAAAAGAGGUUCCUCCUCCCGAGCCAGUCUUCCAAGCCUGUGCGAAUUUGCGACUUCUGCUACGAUCUUCUUUCUACUGGGGAGAUGACUGCUUGUCAGUCCACGAGAUCAGACUCCUACAGCCAGUCACCUAAAUCAUCUUUAAAUGAUGUAUCCGAUGAUGAUGACGACGAAGACAGUAGCGAUUAAGGACCAAACGUUUUUUUUCCCACGUGUUGCAAUUUGCGAUUCAAACCAUAUGGAGCUGCUUUUGGGGAAGUCUGUAGCGUGGUUCCUCAGAAAAAUCCUGUUCUAGCCAUAAAAUAUGCCUGAAUAUCUUCAAUUGCAAUGUGCCUCAAUCUAUGAAUUCUCUAGACAAUAGUUUUUUUCACUCCUCUGCAGGGAUAGACUAUUGCAAAUGUUAUCAGAAUAUUUUCCGACUUCUCAUACUUGAGUUUUGUCUAGGUUAUACUUUUGUGGAAGAUUGGCGAGUAAUAUGUACUUUAAUUUAAGAACCCGUACUUCCUAAUGUUACAUACUGAUACGUUAUGUGUUUUUUUUCAGAUAUGGGGAGGAAAAACUGGUAAGCAUGUAUGAAACAGUGAUGUUUUGGUUAAUCUCUUAGACCAUCUAUUUUUUAACCAUGGUAUCUAAUGAGUUCAAAUGUGGCAUAACUUGCAAACUUAAAUGUCACAAAACUUCGAAAUUAUCUUGUUUUGCUCUUAUUUAUGACUUCCUAUGCCAAGCGGUGCCUUGUACCAAUUGUGCUCGUUCAGGAAGAAACAAACCUAUGUCAUCUGUAUUUGCCUGUGCUGGUGUUGGAGAGAUUGUUGGUGCUAUUGAAAAUAACUGCUGUGUUCAAAGUGGAGCUUUGACAAGGUCACAACCGGGCCCCGUGGUGAGUGACGGAGACCCGAAGGCUCUGCAGAUUCCCAGAGACUUCGGUGGGGAUCUCCUCGCAGGAGCUGCCUGAGGGUCGGGAUCUUGGGAUGAGAAGCUUAAGGUGACUCUUCGCGGGGAUUUAUGUGUUUUCAGAAUGGUUUCUAAGUUUAAAAUUUGGCAAAUGCACACCGAAAUUUUAGUUGGGUGAUGUAGCAUUUGGACGUUACACCCAAUGUAUAUUUGGAAAAAAAAAAAAUCUUCAAAAUGACACUAGAUUGCUUCUUAAAACAUUGGUGGUGGGUUUUUUUCCUCCUUUUUUCCUUCCCCUAGGGUUGUAUUGGCUUGUUUAAAAAUAACCUCAUGUUUUGAACAAAAAGCCUGCAAGUAUCUGUAUAGAAUUGGCUUUCCUUUUUACACAGCUGACCUCAGGAUAAAUGUGAGAUGCAAGUUACUUCAUUCUAAACGUAUAUCCAGGACCAAGAAAUAUGUAUUUAAGAACUAUAAUGAAAUCGUCAGUGCAGAAAAUGUCUCUACUGUAGCACUCAUUUUUACUUUUAAUAAGUUCUUGAAUACAGAAAUGUCAUGUUCCUAUAUAAAUGUAAAAGUUAGACUUGCAAAGACAUGUUAAACCCCCAAAUUCUAUGUUUCUAUAUUUUUAUAAUGGUAGCGUCAAUUUUGAAGCAGAAAAACCUUUUUGAAAUAGUUGUAUGAAUAUAGUAGCAACUGACUUUAUAGAAAAAAAUGUUAUUAAACUUUUGUAUCUCUUUAAGUGACAAUUUCUGCACUGUUUGCCUUGGUUGGCAAUAAUUGGGUUAAAUAUUUAUUGAAUAAACAAUCAAUGCUGCAUAUUGCACUAGUCUCCCAUUCUGUAUGCUGUAAAUGUCAGUCAUAUUUUUUUAAUAAAAAUUAGCAGAGCACUUCGAAGCCGUAGCCCUCUGUGAGAUUUCUGGUAGCUAAAGAUGCACUUAGCAUCUUUAGGGAGGCACUCUGCAUUGACAGUCUGCAAUACAUUGCUUCAGGUGAACAUUGCAUCCAUAUUUUUAGCUUGGGCAGUUUCUAAAAAUAAGCGUUUUUUUUUUUCAAAAAGCACUGAAGAGUAUUUGAUCUACUUUGAUAUAAAGAGGGGACAACACUUUCUGAUGGAGACGAGGGACCAGGAAGAUUCUGUAAAAUUGCCAGAUAGCAAUAAACAGUUGUAUAUACUCAAAGACUGGCUGAAAUAAGUGGUUGCAUAUACUUAUUGAAAGAUUAGAGAAUGAUGCAGCAGGGGAAAAGAGACGAUUCUGAGAAGGCGCUUUCAGUUAAUAGUGCUUACUUUUUGUACCUCUCUUACUCAAUAUUUAUGUUUCAGGAAUGGAGACUUGUCAGCUUCAAUUUUUCUACCAAAUCAAAGUACAGACCUCCCCUGUAUGUACCUUCUAAUGAUUGAUAAGCAUUUUCUUUCUGAUGUGAUUGUUUCUUCUUCCUCAAGCUGUCAAAUAUUAACUUGUCUUGUUAGAGAGUCCAUCUCCUUGUGUGCUUUUCUCUGUGUUUCUAAACAUCCUGCUUACUUUUCAGCCCUUUUUAAGGGGUGGGAAAGGGGUUGCUGAGAGUUAGAUCACAUCCUAGAUUUUGCAGAAUGUUCUUGUACCUACUUCAGAUAUCUUUUAAUCUAUGAAUGAAACUUGCACUGUGCUGCACUGAUCCCUGAAGCUGUAACCAAACCAAUGUGUGCAGGGGGAGAUUUUUCAUCUGAAAUUGAUGUAUAUGGUCCAACCUUUCUGAGAAAACAUUAGGGGAAAAAAAAAUGUUUUAUGGUAAUACUCCUAUCCCUCAGUGUUUAAAACUUUACAAAAUGGACUCAACAUCGACUUAUCUUGUACUUAGAAAGGGCUCGUUUCUUACUUUGUAAUCUUGUUCUGUCAAAUUAUUUUAUUUACAAAUAUAUGGUGUAGCUUUAAGCCUAUGUGUUUUAUUUAUUUUUUUAACUCUGGGACUUCAAGCGUGACAAGCAGCAGGCUGGCAAAGUUGCCUUUCGUUGGAGCAGUGGCAGGUGAGCCCCUGGAAGAGGCUGGAGGGACCCCUGGGUCCGGGGGUGCUGGCUCAGCUCUGCGCCCCAUCAUAGCACCGCUGGCGAUGAGACUGCUCAUGGUGUCAAACUGAGGAGGAACUUGGUGCUUUCCUGGAGCUUCUGCACUCUUAAGGUCUUAAAAUGGUGAUUAAAUACGGUCACUCUCUGUAUAUUUUAUGCAGUUUUUUGGUUGGUGGUAGUCUUCACCUGCUCUUUUUUGAUGAGCUUUUGAAAUCCCAGGGAAGGAAAGCAACAGCCGUGCCUGCAGCAUCUCUCUUGCAAGGCUCUGCUGUCAGCUUCUGCCUUGUAGAAGAUGCUAUUUUGAAAAAAUGAAGUGUUUAUUUGCUUUAGCAGAGUUCACAUUUUGCACACUCUUUGCCAAUACUUCAUGGUUUGUUCACUGGAAAUAUGAAAGGAAAGGAAAGAGUCACUCUUCUGAAGGUUUUAAUUGAAACCUACUAAUUCUAGCCUCUACACCCUAACUGCUGUUAUCUUAAGAUAAAUUUGACUGUUUUCCCUUCAGGUUUGUUGCAGCUGAACUUCCUGUAGCUAAUGAGUAAUACGUGAGGGUCAAGUGCUGUAACUGAGUUUGAAAUCAAGUUAAAAAAAAAGAGGCGAGUGGAUCAAUGAGCACUGAGUUUGCAGCUGGGCUUUUGCAGUCUCUUUUCUAAUAGUCAGGUUAUGAAACUGACAUGCAGAAACCUUGUAUUUAUGUGGGGCUUUCCCCCUGGGGAAUACACUUGAGCUAAUCUCUUAAUGCAAAUGAAACGGUGGUUAUCAUCGCUGCUGGUUAAUGUUUAAGCGGAUGCAGAUUAUGAAUCGCGUUAUUGUGAUUUUUGUGUUUUUCCUGUAAUUUAGAAGAAUGUCUGGUUUUGUUAACGAUACAACUGGAAUAGAGUUAGAGUACUGAUUUAUUGUUUUUUUUUUCCUCAGUAGCAAAUUAUUGUUGUAUGUAUUAGAAAGUCUCUUGGCUGUUUACUGCCUUUCGUUUGAUGAAAUCUGAGCUACUUGUUUGUGCCUGCAGCCGGUCCUUUGCCAGCGCUGGCUCCUGUGACUCAUCGGCGCGCUCGCCGCGAAGAAUCUCUGCUCUGUUCCCUCGUGAGUGAGUCUGGAGCUGCUGGGGAGCGCAGCACAGCCACGGUGGCCACUGGUGAUGUGACCACUGCUGGUAACACCACAUGGGCUCCUGCCAAGGUCAAGAAAGUUUCUUCAAUUGUUGCCCACUUGGAUGCAGAUGGGUAAGAGCCAUGAGCCUGAAAUACAGCUGCUGAGCCUGCGAGGUGAGAGUUGCAGAGGGGGCACAUGAGGCCAUCAUCUGCACUGCUGAGUACCCAUAGCCACAUUCAGGGGUGAUGGUUUUCCCUGCAAUGCUGCAAAAAGGGAGGGGAGGACAACCAGUAAAGGGGCUGCAAAGGGAAAAAAAAGGGAGAGAAUGGUCUGGAAGUGACAUAAGAAAGAGGAAGGUAAGAUAUUAAUAAAUUAGAUUGGAAAAAAAAAAAGGUAAAAUGGGUAAAAAACAACAACAACAACAAAACCCAAACACAGCCCCCCACCCCCACCCUGCUUCACCGCUUCAAAAAAAACACCAACAAAACAAACAACCCAAAACAACAAAAAGACCCAGGAUUUGAGAUGUGAUCAAGCUGGUCUAGGAUGACACUUGUCCUGCUGGACAUUUCUCUUGGUGGGCUGGUCUCUAGCCCAGGCAGGAGAAACAAAUUCAUACUUUUGUAGAAAAUUAUAACGUAGAAAUUAGUAAAAUUUCCUAAUACAAUACAGUAUCUGAGAGGGAUGCUGGAGUGGCUCCACUAAGGAACACUUUUGCUUGUCUGUUCUAAUGCAGCAGAGGGUCUGGUGCUCCUCUGGGGAUGGUGCUGAUGUGCUCCCUGCCCUGUCCCUGCCUGCCAGCACUGCUGGUCUCUGCUCCAGCUGCAGGUGCGUGGGUGCAGCAUGUGGUCCCUCACCAUCAGGACUGAGGGCUGGAUCCCGCGAGCCCCCAUCCCCGUUUGGUGUUUGGGGGCUGGCUGUGGGCCUGCUCCUCUGGGUGCACGAGGGUCUGCCCAAGCAUGAGUGUGUCUCCUUUCCGUGCUCUCCCUGUCCUUCAGCUUCCCAUCAUGUACCCUGAGUGGAGCCUAGCACCAGCACAGCUCAUAUCAAAAGCCAAAACCCCUGCUUGAAGCAACCCUUUUCCCUCUGGACAGCUCAAAAAACAUUUAAACAUGCUGAUUGAAACAGAAUUUUUUGGGGAUCUGAUUUUUCUUUUCGAAAACAGUAAGAAUGUGGUCUUUUCAGCUCUUCUUGUAGCCAUGUGGACAGCUGGCUACUUAGACAUGGCUUCCUGCAACCUACAUCACCCCAAUGGGAACCCUGUUGCUAAGAUGCAUGUGCCAAGACAAGCAGAUGAUUGUGGCUCCUGUGCUGGGAAAGAGGCUGCAGCUACAGGACACCUGAUACUUUUCAGUGCUUACACCAAGGGAAUUCAAACCUGUUGCCAAACUGCUUUUCUCAGUUAUUUUUUGUGACCUGUCUGAAGGUGGAGGAAGCACACACUGAAAAUCACUGGAGCAAGCGAUGGUGGAGACAGGAAAAUCUGGAAUAAUCCUGUUGAAGGGCUCUGAAUUUAAAGUGGUGCCUCCUGGCAGUGUGUGGCCUUGCCGCUGCCCCCAGGGCAAGGAAUGCCUCCAGCGGGAUGGACCGGCUGCGGCAGGCAUCGCCUCGGUUUACACGGCCUGACCCCAGAUGAAGAUCAGGCUCUACAUGACUUUGGUGUCAUUUGCCUGACCAUGGAUCCUGAAAAUACCCAGCGAAACCACAUGCCCAGCACUGGCUGAGAACCCUGAGUAGUGAAUUGUUAUUGCAAGGUCUGAGAAACCAUUUGACAUCUGGAAAUUAUCCACUUUACAAACAUAUUCUUUAUAAAGAAGUAAUGCUCUCCAGGUUUUAGGAGGGAUUUCCAAUAUACCUUGGGGGAGAAAAUUAUUUUGCAAAACCAGAGUGAUUAAGGAUUUUAGCUUACACCAGCAACCCCGGCGAGAAGCACCUGGAUGGGUGCUCUGGGUGCUCAGACUGCUGACGGCUGUGGCACCGUAUCCUCCUGCGCUCAGGAGAUGUGCGCUACCCACGUUCAGCUGGCAGAACAGAUGGACUUUGAUAUCUUCUUGGCUUAAAUUGUUUUAGCAAUUCAAAUCCAGAAUGUUCUUUUUGCAAUUACCCAGGGCAGAUAUAUUUUAUUGCUCUUUGGUACAUGGGUAGACUCCUUUAUACCACUCUCCUUUUUCACAGUUUAAUUGUUUCCAGCCUUCCUUACUGGAAUUGAACUAAAUAUAUAUCUAGAAUGGAAAAAAAAAAGGUGAAAAGUGACAUAUGUGGGAAGAUGCAACUAGAAGACUGCUUUUAAGUGUUCCCAGUUCUCAGUCUUAGCUUGAAUAAAGUUUUGAGAAAAUCUGAAAUAAUUUUGCAGUGUACUUUAGGGAAGACUGGAGAAAGAAGAGUCAUCAUUCAUAGGAAAAUCAAUACAGUGGACACUACAAUUUUGUGUUAACUCUUCAGCCACUGAGGAGCAUGUGUUGAUUGAAUGGGGCCUUGAUGUGCUGUAAGCUCAGGGCAGACAGAUUUCCCAAGAUCUACACAAAAAUCAAAAGGAAAUUGGGCAUCGUAUGUUAAUGAGCAACUGAUUACUCUGUAAGGAAAGUUUUGAAGCCAUUUGUCUUCCACUUGUAAACAGAAUACCUCACUGAUUCAACGCACAUAAACUAAUGCUGCAACAACUUUUAUCUCUAAAGUGCUGGAACCAGAGCUGUGCCAGCUCUGAUAUGAACCAGAUAUUGCAGUUCGUGUUAAAAUUCAUGAAAGGCUUAUAUUUCUUUAGGGCUAAAAACUAAUAACUCUUACUAUGAUAAAGCUUUGAUUUUUAAAAGACACCCCCCCUCUUACUUCAGCUUGCAUAUCAGUCUCUUCCUGCAAGUGUCAGUAACUGAGACUUAGCGAGACCAUAAUACGCCAUGUUAAGCAUUAUUUUGGAUAACCGUCCUCAGGAUAUAAUCUCUUCCUAAAUCCAUCUGCAUACGCAAGAAUGUACCCUGAUUACAUGGCUAUGAAUGGUCUCCCCAGGAAGGGCCAGGCAGCUGUCAGAGCCUGCUGGAGCAAUUAGUACACUUUUUCCUACCAGCAUCCUGAGCAGCCCGCUCUCCUAGAUAAGGAGUUUGAUGCUAAAUUCAACCUUCCUGUCUCUGGUAGCUGUUUCCCCCCUUCCUGUGAAUGCUGUUUACACCAGGGCGGGCAGGACAUGGGCUGCCGAGUACUGUCAGAUUGCUGACUGGCCCAAAGCUUCUUUGCCUUAGCUGAAAGAUCUGUGCUCACUGUAUUUAAUUACUAUCACAUACAUUUCAUUGCCUUAGGUAAGGCCAUAUUGCUUGCCUUUAAACAGAGAUUGAAAAAUUCUAUGGCUACUUAUUAGAUAUCCUACCACCACUCAAGAGCUAGUUAACAUUUUUUCUGCUCUGUAAGCAAUGCCAUUUUAAAAUAGGUGUAUUUAAGACACUUGGAGCUAGAGUAUUGUUUGACCAGUGUGAAAAUGUCUUCCUCCUCUCUGCCUCUCAGUGCACUCUGAGGUUGUAAGGGUUUCAGUUUCACUAAACUGUUAUGAAAAACUUCAAGAUUAUUUGCUUAUGUUUGAAUAACAGUUAUAAUCACUGGCUAAGAGGAUUUUAGCAGCCCUGAAUGUCUUAGCUUUUGUAUCUCAAUGUAAUAUCUGACUAUAAUAUCUAAAUAAAAUAUGUGACUAUCUUAGCUCUUGUAUCUAAAACCUACCACCAAGAAACAGGUUUCAAAAUACUGCAGGAAACCCUUCUCACACAUUUUAGAGGACAACCCCCAAACCCAAAUGAAUCAUACUCAGCUCAAGUGUUCCACAGCAUCCUCCUGGGGAAGCAAGCAGGUACCCUCAGAGGACGAGUCCCUCCUGCACUUCGCUUCCCUCUGCAGCUCAGGUUCCUGGGAUGGAAGUGACUGAAGGGCAGUGGAUGGGGGGGUGGAUUCACCCCCGGCUUCUGUGCCAGCCCCUAGAAUUGCAAUUCUAAAGGACUCCUAAAAAGGACACCUCCCACAUGAAGUUCUGUCCUUGCUUCUGGCAAAUUGUGGGCAUUUGCACAUCUCCCUGCAGCAAGCUAUUUUUGUUUCUUCCCCUAAGGUGUGUCUUCUUCAGUUUAGAAGUAAACAAAAAACAAUGGCUUAUUUUUUGCCUAAGAAAAUAUUUUCACAAAACUUUUCUGCAUGCAGCCUGUUGCAGUCUGCUACUCAGCCUUGCUUGUUUCUAUUUCCUCUACUAAAACUUUUUGUUCAACUAUUUCUCCUAUUAGGGCAACAAAGAUGAUUAAGGGAGUGGAGCAUCUCCCUUAUGAGCACACAAAAAUCAAGGGGAGUUGCCACAAAUCUGGCUACCCCACUUAUAAUUACAGCAUUAGAAAACAAAUGCAAGAAGCCUCGGUCCGUUGAAUAUCAACAUUCAUUAUUCCAGAAAAAAAAAAAAAAAGUAUGAGCUUGUAUUAAUGAAGCAGAAGCCUGAGCUGUAACACUCAGCGGUGCUGCUCUGCCCUCUGCAGACUAGAUUGUAUAAUCACAUCUUACCCCAAAUCACAUUUAAAGCCCAACAGACCAAAAGUUGUCAAUGUAAAUUAAACAUAUAUGGACACUACCUCCUGAGGGUGCUCUGUGACACUGCAAUUUUAAGUAGGGUAAGUCAGGAGUAUUCCUGAGGCAGCGAGUGUUUCCUGUGUGUUCUCACUGAGUCCACACUAAGUCUGGGAAGUAAUUACUGCCUGAAGAGCACCGACACCUGGAGUCCAAAUUCAGAAUGGACUAUAGGAAAUAUUUGUGUCUGUUACUCUAAUGUGUGCCAGGCAGCGUUUCAUCACCAUGGAGAACCAGGAUUUGUUGUAGAGCAACUUCUUGGUACAAAGAAUGGUUUUCUACGGCAAGAUUCAUGGGACAGCAAAUGCUGCCAUUCCCUGACUGAUUUCCCACUUGUAAGGGACCAGUAUGAUAUGGGUGAUAACCUGCCUUGACGGACACACCAAGGUACCAGCAUCCCACUCUGCAAGAACUUCAGCUAUUUGCCCCCUCCCACAGCAGCUGGCUCCACCUUUUCUUCUAAGUAAAUAUCCAAGGAAUGUGGUAAAUGCAUUCACCUUUAUGAGUUCUUUGCAAUUUAAUGUGCUCUCCUCAUGCUAUCUCGUAAAGAAUGUUAAAACUCAUUUCCUUUUCAGGUAUGUGCUACAUCCUCUCUGAUGUGAGAAAACACAACAGUCCUUAUUGUUUCCGAUAAGCUGGACAACGGUUUUUUGUUAAGGGCAUUUCCUAACCCUUCUGACAGAGAAAACAUGGUCCUACACCAUUUUCAUAAGGCUUCUCUUGGAUAGGAACAACACAGUAGAAUUUCUAUGACACACAAUUCAGAUUUGUUCCAACUUUUUAUUUAUUAAAGUAUCGACAUUUCAAAAAUACUCAUUCCAAGCACACCUGCCAAGUCCCAAGCAUCACAUGCAGCCCUCACAGAUGCGCAGCACCUGAUACUCCUUUACUCCAACCCCUACAGCUUGGCCUGUCUGCAGCUAUCAGGUGUCACGCAACAGAAAAAAAUGGUCAUAUCUUGUGCAAAAAGAGCCUGGAAGGAAGAAAAAUUUGCCUGCAUAGCACCCAGCCCAGUCCCUCCGCUAUUGUGUGACUACCACAUGUGCUGGUUACAUGACCCGAAGACUCACAUGUCAGGAAACAAGAGAAGUGAGCAGUCUUUCAACAAGUGGCAGCUUCCAGUGCCUGGCAUUUGCAGAAUACCUUCAGUACAAAACUGAAACGGGUGUUCAGGAAAAAAAAAUCUUUAUUCAAUUUUAUACAGUGUAGAGCUUGCAAUAUGUAAUGCAAUUAGGCUUCUAUAAGCUAAAUUUUAUGGCAGGGCAAAAGCCUUAAUAAUGACUCUUCUGAGCUAUAUAUUCACCAUCUGGUUUGGACACCCUCCGCAGUUUGUAGGUAGAACAAGUGAGAUAUAGUUAGAACAGCACAUUAAAAUUUGAUAAAGGAAAGCUAUCAAAAUGUACGAUGUACAUCUGAUUUGGAUUCCUAUCCAGAAGUACUGACGGAACAUAGAUUUAGAAAAGCUGGUAUGACAUUAAACUACUGAGUACAUUUCCAAGGGAACGCUUUUGCGUGGAUUCUCAUUUUGCCAUCCUUCCUGGCUUUUGUUUUGGUGAGGGAUCUGCUGCAGACUAAUGCUGCGGGCUAGAGAAUUUCCAGGCAUAUCACCCAAGCAAAAUGAAACUCUGAAGUUUUAGUCUUGCCCAUUUCACAAACAGAAAUGGUAUUAUAAACUUCCAAAGCAAAAUAAUGGAGCAAAACCGUGGUCACAUACUCACUUUGCAAAACUGUUCCAAGUAGUUCCCUUUGACAACAGCUGAAUGGCAUUUUUGAACAGAAUUCUUUACAUAGUCCCUGCUGUCUCAGAUAACUGACAUGGAAGUAUCACUUAGGGGUCUGGGCUACAACUUGAAAACUUUGUGCCACUUUACAAAGCCUUCAUCAAAUGAAUAUUCAAGCUCAAAUUUUACCUUCACAUUAUUUUGAUUUUAUGACUUCAGAGUGGUUUGUAACAUGCAACUGAUGAAAGCACAGGAAGGGAAAUCAAAUACUUAAUACCACUGCUCUUUCCAACAAAAUAAUUUUAUUUAUUGACAUAGUAACUAUUUUCACAUCUAAAAAUACUCCACAUUCUGUAAUGAAGACCAAUAAAAUAAGCACUAUUUCUGUGCGUUUAAAACUUCACUUGUGCAAAGAGCUGUCAUAUCCCACCAUUCUGAGCAAGGCCAGAAACAAGUAACUACACUUGAAUAAACAUGAUGAUUUCAUGGGAAUGCUCAGGUUCCCAUAUAUAUUUACCAGUAAAGAUUAUCUUCGAACAUUUCCAAUGCUCGGACCACAGUCUUAAUGUCGUUAGUGAUACAAUCACCUGCCAACAAUCUCUGUUCAGAAAGUGAGCUCUCUUUGUACAGCUCUCCAGGCUAACGGAAGAGCGAGGGAUGAGGUGACCUAGGAGAAAUGCUGACUAAUGUCAAUAGAUACUGGUGUUAAUCCUUUUUCACUUCUCCUACACUCUUUCGUCUCAAUUCCUUCCUAGUCUCCACUUUUCAAGUGCUCCAGGCUGUCUUCUUGCCACAAAAAUCAGCAGCAUGGAUGUCUUGAACUUUCGUUUCUGCACGAUUUGCUCCGCACACUUGGUAGUGCAAACUGCUCCAGUGGGGGUGACUAUUUCUCCUGGUUUGUUUAAAACAGGGUACAGGAGACAUGCUCCUUUUCCAAGUCACAUAAGACUUGGUCUCAUGAACUGAGAUGGGUCUUAUUAUUUUCCCUGUUUCCUGCUCACAAGUUGCAAGCCUAACUUGUUCCUGACAUUGUGCCACAAGUUCCAGUGCAAAUUCAGGCCAAAAGAGCAUCCUGUGGGGCUACUUGGUCAUUAGUUUCAAAUGGCCUUGGAACAGGCAAGUCAAGGCAGCUUAGCACUUUUUGAAAUGCAUCCUUCUUCAAGAAAAAGGAUAGAAAAUAGGUUUAUUCUUCUCUGGAGCUUGUUAAUAAAUUACAUCCUACUAUUGGGGGUCCUUCUCCUACCAUUUCAACACGGAUGUUUCUCUGGGAAUGGAAAUCACCCAGGCCCACCUGAAGAAAACCCAGAACACUUACUGCUUAGAGUUCUAAGUGCAGGCUCUAAAAAACCACUGACAGAGGUGGCAAGGUGAUUGCGAUGCAGACGACAUUAUGCUUCUGGUCACUACCGGGAUCUGCUCCUUCAGAGGGGUACAGAAAAAGCGACAGAUUCAAGAGAUGAUUUCUAUACGAAAGAUCACAUUAUUGUUUUGGAAAAGCUCAGAAAAAGAACAGAUUGACAAUAUACAGAUUUAGAGCCAUGAGCAAAACUUCACCAAAAAAGAAGGCUCUGUAUAGAAUUGCACAAAGUAAUCAAUUUUGAAUUUAUUUGUACAGUACCACAUUCUGCAUAGCAAAAAACACUGACAGACUUCCCAUUUUGACACACUUUUCAGUGUAGCAAUUGCCAGGACUGGUAAUCCCUUCCUUCCUCUCUGCCUGCCCAAAACUCAAAUCCAUCUCCUGUGUUAUUUAUAUAUAAUGAAAAGAAAGAGCUCGUAAACUAUAGUGACAUUAACAGUAAUCAAGAAAAUUCACCAAGUAAAAUGAUACUGGAAGUAGUUUUAUGAUGUUACUGGAGGAAGGGAGUGUGUUGAAACAAGACAGUUACACUUUCUGAAUAUGUAGUAUUUUGAAGUGAAGCUGAAGUGAAAGCUAAGUGAAACUGAAAAAUCCAAACUUGAACGCCAGUGGGGAUAUACAUUUUCUCCCUCUUAAAAGCCUGAGCCUUAUUUCCCUUGAAAAAAAUGACAAAAGAGUCAUAUACUCUUCAGAAUCUCUUUAAAAUUGCACAAUAUUUAAUAAUGGUACAAUAACUUGUUCACCUCUUGCAGUGAAGGCUGAAGGGAAGUCCAAGAAAUUCACUGUGGUAAAGGUCCUGAGUCAGCUGAAAGUGCUUUGAAGAAAGUAGUAGGAACUGGAAGGAAAUUUCCAGCACCUGCAGUUUUUGGCUACUGGUGGGUAAAAUAAAGUUUUGGGGUAUGCUGAAACCUUCAAAGUGAGAGCUGAUCUUGCAGUAAUUUUUAAAGAGAUCUACACCCACUUGCUCAUUAACAGCUACGAGCAAUGCAGAACAGCAGUACUAAUUUCUAUGCAGAAGUUCAUAUGCUUGUGUGUCAUGGCUGCAUCCCAGCUCACCACUUGGAGUCCAAGAUUUUGCAAAGGAAAUAAGGCGCUCUGCUAGAUAUGAGGAACAGCCUCAAGGUGCUUUGCCCCAUGGCUAAAUCUAUCAAUUUCCUCUUCCUUUAACUGAGUAUGAGCUUUAACCUCAUUUACCUUCCAGCAAGCCUCCAAACUGGCUGAGCUUUCUAAUAAUUCAACUCCCCCUACUGCUUGCAAGACAGUUGAAUUGAAUAAAAAAAGCUUUUGAGUUGAAGUCUGGGUGUUAUAAUCUGUUUCUAGGUAUAAGUAUUCAGGUUUCCACCUUUUCUCAGAAAACUGUGCGAGAAAGAAUUGCAUCUACAACCCAUUUCCAGGCAAGCAGGUACCACACGCAAGACGACUUUAUUCUGUAUGUUUACCGCAAACCCACCGAAGCUGCUGGUCUGUUUGGAGGUCCGUUAAUUCAUUAAUGGAUCUCCAGCUGCACUGACAAGCGUAUGCUCGUGCUCCUUUCUUCUUGAUCAUCUUCGCUCUUAGUUUACUGAGCUCAGGCAUGUUAUUCCUG